UGGGUUCGCAAUGCAUGAUGGUUAAAAGCAGUUGUCAUGAGAAAAGAAUAUGGCGGUCUAAACAUUCGGCAUUGGAAGUUUGCGAAGAACUGAACUGAUGAAGAAGAUGAACGAUUACAACACGAAUUUUGCUGUUUCUUAGAGUGACUAUUUCACUACAAGGCCAUGGAUUCCCCACACUAUUCCGAGUCUGAAUUGACAUCAGAGUCUGGAGUAGGUGGCUCACCUGAACCGAUUAUGGACCUGGGCUACAAUGACAUCUCACCGCAGAACGUCAGCGAGCUGUUUGUGACUCCCAACACGGGAUCCCGGCCGGCGCAGAGUGCCCCCGCCACGCUACAGACGACGCCGUUCGAUGCCAUCUCGGCUGCGUUUCUGGAGAGCGCAUCCCCACCGGCUCACUUACUGCCGAGUACCGAUGAAGAGGAACCCUUAUCCAGACAGAACGGAACAACAACGUCUAAGACCGUGAAGUUUGCCGGCACCCCGCAGUAUUUCCAGGCGACUAUAGCUGCACAGAGGCGGGGCCUUGACCUAAAAGCCAGGCUGUACGAUCGACCACAGGAUGCCCAGGUGUACCAGACUAUUCGACCAGCUGGUAUCCCGAACAGGAAGACACAGAACGGAGUCAAUGGAACAUCUAAUCUAUCAGCGGUGCCGCACCCCCCACCCUCUAGAGUCCCAGCCCCUGGGGGCGCCCUACGGACCACCCUGUAUAAGCGAGACCAUGCCAGGAUCCACAUGAAGAGACAAGGAAGCAAGUCAUCACUGCUGGAGGAGGAGACUAAGCAGCAGAAGCCAAACAAAUCUGAAAUUGAACCUAAACCUCCUUCCGAUGUCAAACCAACAAGUGCUCCAGAACGGAUCGCCCCAGAGGAAAUACAGUUCCGCGAUGUGCACAAGCCAGCAAUCUCCCAUUCCCACUUGGACGUACCCGGGGCUGCCAGCGGCACGUCCGUUGCCCCUACCUCACCUCUGAUGCAGCUCACAAAGAAAGAGUUCACCCCUGACCCCUCGGUGACCUCUGACCUGGGUGACUCGCCCUCACCUCCGUCUUCCCCCUCCGGUUCCCGUAAGCAGGACCCGAGGAUGGUGUUUAUGUACUUGAAGACAAACAAAUUUGAUGACACAGCGCCAGAUAUAGACAGCUUGACAUAUCAUCUGCGGCGGAUGCGAGGUGUCAUGGAGCUGGUGGUAGACUUACCAAGACAUGGACCCACGGUCAAGGCAGAGAUGAUAGGCAUUGAAGACAGGUUGCUGGAACCAGCCAAGCAUAGUAUUGAGGCACAGCUCAAAUCCAAGCAAAAGCAUUUGUUUGGAAGACCAGAGGAUCCUGGUGAGUUUGUGUACGCACUCCCCCGCGAUCGUUACAACCCUAGGGGGCGCUAUAACCCUUACAGCCUGCAGGUGGUGUCACCACAGGAAGCCCGGACAUCAAGGAUGUACUUUACGGCCAGUGCUACCGCUGUGACCCUGUGCAUUCAAGAGAGUGAGGAUGAAGAUUAUGAGGAGUUAACUCACACAAUGCAGUGGCUGUAUGAACGCCGUCUCUUCCACGCUAUCUUUGAUCUACCUGUCUUUGUCAAAUUUCGAAUUUGGAAGGCCUUUAAAAUGUGGAAAAGCAACGUCCGAGCUCUCAAGAAAUCCAGCAGCAAGACCGUUAUGCACCGUCAGCUCUUCGCAGCCAACGAGAUUCUGCAGCGCUGCCUGCUGCACAUCCGCAGCCAAUGCGAAGCAGCCUGCAGCAGCCUGUCAGGGGACGGGGACGGAGAGAAAUCCAUCACCUUGCUCAAGCUAGACUCUCGCUCCAGGCUGACACUAGAGGACUUCUGCGUUGACCAGGCCGAGCAGUGCGACGUGGCCCUGCUGAAACUCAUGCACAUGAGGGAUAAGAUUGUACGGCUGGCCUUUGAGUGCUGUGCGAAAGUGGCUGAAAUGGAGGGUGUCACCCAAACAUUGCUUCCUAACUCAGGCCCUCUCACCAAGAAGGUUGAUCCCUCCAAAAAUAAGAACAAGACGGGCACAAAGACAACUGGAGAAAAACAAAAAAAAACCGGCCCAUCAUACACAGACAUGGCAGAAUGGCGCAGCAUCCUUGCCCGUCUGUCCUGUUUCCUGCGGGCCGCUGACUAUCUGAUCCUGGAGAUGCUGCACCGCUUGGUCAAGACAGCCGUGCACACUCUCAAGGGGUUCCUGGGCACCUCCGUUACUACCGGCCAGGAGUUGGCCAAGAAAGAAGCAGAGGAUAAUGAGGAGGAGUACGGAGACAGCUACAUGCCAAGAAAGAAAACCACCGGUUUCUCGCGGAGGCUGGGCAUGACAACAGACGCUGACAGCCAGGAUGGCUCGAGGUGUGGCUCAGCUACCAAGGACCAGACCGUCCAUUAUGACUUUGAUAAACCAGUGGAGGAGGCAGCCCCUGUUGAUAUAGACCAGGUUCUGGAAGACAUCAAACAGCAGGAGUUUGUGGAGAUGCCACCAGAGCCAGUCUUUGGGGUCCAGCUUGUGUUGAAUGUGCCAGAAUUGAGGAAAGCCAAUUCUAGGGCAACGUCCAUGUCCAGGAGGUCUUCUCAUUCCAGAGCGAGUCGGAGCAUCAGUAAAUCCAUGUCAUCACUCAAGAAGAAGAUGGUGACGUUCCCUGAUCAGCAACCCCUGACCAGCAGCAGCGAGAGUGAAACGGAUAGCUCAGAUGAGAGUGACAUGGAGGGAUCCAUCGUCGACAAUCCAGACGAUGAAGAUGUAGAGGUCAAAACGGAGAGAUUUAAUGAAGAGAGUGCAUAUGCCUACCCAGAAAGGACACCAAGAGAGGAGAAGAAAGUGGACACUACCAAGGUGUUUGUGAGUCUGGCUCCGAGCCAGGACCAAUUUAUAUCCAAGAUGAGAGGUGUCAUCGCUGGCCUGGAACACACAGUCGGUCAGGUGGGUGCCCUGCAACGUGAUCCUUACCUAUCAGUCUUCUGGUGCCCACCCCGCUAUGAUCUCAAGCUAUCCACACCCAUCCAGGAGGAAGAUGAUACCAGGAGGCCGUGGCCAGACUUGGAGCUGCUCUUUGGGGAGGAUCCUGAAUACAAGACCAUGGUGCACGAUGUGCUUAGUCUGGUAGCCGAGAACGUGGCCUCGGUUACGGAGUACAGUAAGAACUUUGAGCAAUACUGUGAGAUGGUCCACGCGGCCCGUCAAGUGAACGUGGAACACUCCAUGAGCAAACACGUCUGGACACCAGAGGAGUUCCACCAUGUCCUGUCCACCCACACUGAAAUGAUCCGUUCCAUGACUGUAAUGGAAGUUCAGCGCAGGCGCAGUAUGAUCAUGGUACUCGGCCAGAACUUCAAGGAGGCCUGCAUGCCAUAUCCCAACGAGGUCCUGGAUGCCAUCCUAGCACGGCUACCGGUCAUUGCCAACGAGAGAAAUGAGAACCUCAUUAAGGUUAUCAAGGGUGCAUCUAAGAAGCUGGACCACCCACCCCAGUCUGUGGAGGAGUUUGUGGAGCACCUUGCUUUCCUUUCCCAAACUGCCUCUGAGCUGUCCAAACUGGACGAGGAAUACAAUGUGGUCACACGGCUCUUCACCAUCGCCAGGAAUUUCAACAUGCCCAUCCAGCCUGAGGAACUGGCUCUCUACCAGACCCUCAUGCCCAGUUUCACACAUCUGAAGACUGUAAUCAUCUAUUGUGAAGCCAAGAAAGAUGAAAACAUCAGUAAAUUCAGCGACGACCUCAACAGCCACAUACAAGCUCUUCAGGCUGAGACAUACGACAUCCGCAACCACGUCCAAGAACCCACCCUCCUGAGCUCCGACACUCUGCCCGUGGUGGCCCUAGAGAACAUGAAGCUGCUUCACGACAGCCUGAGCACGCUGACCAUCAAGGCUCGCAGCUAUGCCAGCUACCAAGACCGCUUUGGCAGCUCCAUAUCACGCCAGUCCAAACUCAAAGGAUUUGCUGACGAGUCUCUCAUGUCCGACUACUCCGACAGCGGCGUCAGUGCCCAGCAAGUCUUGAACGACCUCUCGGAGGUCGAGCGCGACCUCCAGCUGCGUCGUUUGCUGUGGGAGAGCACUAUGGAGUGGGGAAGGCUCGUGGAUGAAUGGACGGCCAGUCAGUUUGACAAGCUGAACGUGGACAUUGUGCAGAAGAACGUCAACAGGUUCACCCAGACUGUCUACAUGCUGGAGAAAGGCCUGCCGCCCAAUGAGGUCUUGCCUCGUCUCAAGGAGCGAGUGAUUGAUUUCAAGCAAGGCAUGCCUAUCAUGACGGCGCUGCGUAACCCUGCCCUCAGGCCCCGCCACUGGCAGGAAAUACAGGACCUGAUUGGUAGACACAUCGUCCGGGACAAGAACUUCACUCUGGGCAAGUUUAUGGACCUACAGUUAUUUCAAUACAAGGACAAAAUCAAUGAUAUCUCCACACAGGCAAGCAACGAAGCAACUCUGGAAAUUAUGCUGAACAAGGUGAUUGACCUGUGGCAGGGUACCGAUUUCCGACUGAUCCCCCACAGCAACAGGGACUUUAUGAUCAUCGCCGGAGCGGACGACAUUACUCAGCAGCUGGAGGAGAGCCAGGUCACCAUAGCAACCAUCCGGGGCUCCCGAUUUGUCGCUCCAAUUAAAGCUCUAGUUGAAGAGUGGGAUCGUAAGCUGAAUGUCUUCUCCCGUACCUUGGACGAGUGGAUGAACUGCCAGCGCAACUGGCUCUACCUGGAGCAGAUCUUCUUGGCCCCUGAUAUUCAGAGGCAGUUACCCAGUGAGGCUAAGUUGUUUGCAGCGGUGGAUAAGUCUUGGAAGGAUAUCAUGCGACGGACUGAGGACCGGCCCAAUGCGCUGAGGGCUGCCGUAGCACCAGGCGUGCUGGAGAUACUGCAGACUAACAACUCCAACUUGGAGAAGAUUCACAAGUGUCUAGAGGACUAUCUAGAGACCAAGCGCCUGGUCUUCCCUCGUUUCUACUUCCUGAGUAACGAUGAGCUGUUGGACAUUCUAGCACAGAGCAAGAACCCCGAUGCUGUGCAGCCCCAUUUGGUGAAGUGCUUUGGUAACAUCAAGAGUCUAGAGAUAGUGAAGGAACCCAAGCUGCCUCCCACUGUCAGGACCAUGGUGUCUGCUGAGGGGGAGGUCAUACUCAUGCCAAAGAAUGUGCGAGCCCGUGGUCCGGUGGAGCAGUGGCUCGGCAGCGUGGAGUCAGCAAUGUUUGACACGGUCAAAAGAUGUAUGAAAUUCUCAAUGAUGGAUCGACGUCUGCAAUCUGCAUGGGCGGACUCCAGCACCUAUUCUUUCGAAAAUUUCAAAGAGUGUGUCCAUCGAUGGGGACGUAAUCUUCAGGACUGGGUCUUGAGUCAUCCCGGCCAAGUGGUGCUUACUGUGGUGCAGAUUAUGUUCAACCGUGACGUAGUGGCCAGUUUGGAAUCCCCCGAUCCCGGCUCGGCCCUGAUAGACACCAGGGACAAGCUGGUCCUCCGCCUGAACACCUUAGCGGGCAUGGUAACCAAGGCCUUGAGUUCCCACCAGCGCCACAGCGUGGAGGCUCUCAUUACCAUCGUGGUACACGCCAGGGAUAUCCUGAAUCACAUGAUUGAGGCUAAAGUUCGUCGCAGUGACGACUUUGAUUGGACCAGGCAACUGCGCUACGAAUGGGACGAGCAACACAACACCUGUAUGGUCCAACAAGCCAACGCCUCAUUCCAGUACGGCUAUGAGUACCUGGGAUGCUCCAGUCGGCUGGUCAUCACCCCCCUGACUGACCGAUGCUAUCUGACGCUGACUGGUGCCCUGUACCUACACUUGGGUGGUUCGCCUGCCGGGCCGGCCGGUACCGGCAAGACGGAGACGGUCAAGGACCUGGCUAAGGCCGUGGGGAAACAGUGUCUGGUGUUUAACUGCUCAGAGGGCCUAGACUACAAGAUGAUGGGCAAGUUCUUCUCAGGCCAGGCUCAGUCAGGCAGCUGGUGUUGCUUUGAUGAGUUCAAUCGUAUCGACCUAGAGGUGCUGUCUGUCAUUGCUCAGCAGCUGCACAGCAUCAAGACUGCUAAGGAUCAGAAUGCACUCAGGUUUGUGUUUGAGGGUCGGGAUAUACGACUUAACAGCACAUGUGGCGUGUUCAUCACGAUGAAUCCUAGCUAUGCAGGUCGUGUGGAAUUGCCAGACAACCUGAAAUCCCUGUUCCGUCCCGUGUCCAUGAUGGUGCCAGACUACGCCCUGAUCGCGGAGAUCAUGCUGUUCUCCGAGGGAUUCACUUCAGCCAAAUCCCUGUCCAAUAAGAUCGUCAAUCUUUACCAGCUUGCUAGCAAGCAGCUGUCGCAACAGGACCAUUAUGAUUUUGGGAUGCGUGCUAUCAAGUCAGUCUUGGUCAUGGCUGGACAGAAGAAACGACAAAUGCAGUCGGAAUUUCAGGGUGUAACCCUAUCUGAGGAGCAAGAAGCCUUCAUUCUCAUCCAUUCCUUGCGAGAUGCCAACCUGCCCAAGUUCCUGGCAGAAGACGUGCCGUUGUUUGAGAGCAUACUGGCCGACCUCUUCCCGGGUGUCAACCCACCGGCACCAGACUCGGGAGCUCUUGAGAAAGCGAUUUCCAUGGCGAUCCGAGACCUAGGACUCCAACACUGGCCCAACCAGAUAGACCAGGUCAAGCAGCUGCACAGUCAGAUCCUUGUGCGACACGGUGUCAUGCUGGUCGGUCCGACAGGGGGUGGCAAGACAGCCGUCCGUACCAUCCUGCAGAGGGCCUUAGUCCUGCUACCCACGAUACACAUGGGGGAGCAUGAGAUGCAGACCGGCUUGCAAGUCAUGAAAACCUACGGCAAGAAAGGCCGGGUGGAAACAUUCGUCAUCAACCCCAAGUGUGUCAAGAUGGGAGAGCUGUACGGCCAGACCAACCCCAACACCUUAGAGUGGACGGAUGGCCUGCUGGCAUCGGCUGUCCGUCGGUUUGCUAAGGAAGCCUCCGAGCUUACCCACGGUGGAGGGGAGGAGGGAGACAGAUCCACCACCGUGGGGAGUGUCACACCCAGGGGAGACAGGCCCACGUCUCAGUUGACCACCCCGCGGACCCCCCAGUCCACGGCCGCAGACUCCCACCAUCCACAUGACAGCGGCCUGGCCGACGAACACAAACUCUUGGAAGACAGGAGCAGUGCCAGCGACAGAACCCAAGCCAAUCACGGUGACGAGAUCCCCCAGGACUGGCAGUGGCUAAUCCUGGACGGGCCCGUGGACACUCUGUGGGUGGAGAACCUCAACACCGUGUUGGAUGACAGUAAGCUGCUCUGUCUGGCUAACGGGGAGAGGGUGGGACUCACCCCAGGAAUGAGACUGCUGUUUGAGGUGGAUAACUUGUCGCAAGCCAGCCCAGCUACUAUCAGUAGAUGCGCCAUGGUGUACUUGGAUCCAGUGGAUCUAGGCUGGAGGCCGUAUGUAAGGACCUGGCUGUCUAAGUUACCCAGAGAUAUUCCGGAGAGUGGCAAACGGCACCUCCACGAGCUGUUUGAGAAGAGCCUGGACAAGGGUCUGGAGUUUACUAGUUGCUACACCGCCUAUCAGAUAGUGGCAGCCACCGACAUGAGCAUAGUGGCCAUGCUGUGCCAUCUCCUACAUGCAUUCCUGGAGUUCCUGGGCAAAAAUGGAGGCUACGGUAGCCCAGAUGAGGAGCGUCCAGCGAGCGCCGAUAGCACCGGUCGGCCUCCGUCUCGUUCCAACGGCCGACGAGCAUCGAGAAGAGAGGAGAAGAAAAAGGAGAAGGAAAAAGAAAAAGAGAAAGAACGCAAAGAGAAACUCCGACAGCAGUCUAAACACAGCUCCAAGGAGUGGUACUUGACAAAGCACCCCGACCAGCUUCUGACACUUCUCGGCAAGAUCUUUGUCUUCUGCUACACCUGGUCGGUGGGCGGCAACCUCAAGAGAGAGGACGACAGCGAAGAUGACGGCGGCAUCUCAGUCGCGCCUCGGACAACUGGCGGAGGGGGAGGAGCCAAGGCAAAGAAAGCGGACAUUCCUGAUCUGAACAUUGCCUAUGAGUUUGACACCUUUGUGCACGAUAUGUUUGAUACAGAACCCCCACUAGGUGUGCGUCUGCCGUCCGGUAGCCGGACCAUCUUCCACUACUUUGUGAGCACCGAGAGCGGCAAGUUUGUACCCUGGGAUGAACUGGUUCCCUCCACUAAGUCCCUGAUUGACAAGGGAGUCAGUCACGUCUCGCUGGGGGAACAGAUGGGCCUGACUACCCAGAUGAGCAAGAAGGCAACGCGGGAGGAUAACGAACUGGUACCGACUGUGGAUACCGUCCGGUAUUCUUUCCUCGUGGGCUUACUGCUGGUCAACAGACACCCUGUCUUGCUUACAGGUGACUCUGGAGUGGGCAAAUCGGCCAUCGUCGGCCACAUGCUCAAACUCUUGAGCAAAGAGAAAGGAGCCACCACCCAGCUGGGUACCAUCCUAGGUGAUGUCUUCCAUUACUCAGAGCGGGGUACCAACAUCCUAUCUAAUAUCAGUGCCUUGACAGCUGGGAUACUAGGGGACGAUGACGCGGACAGCGGUAUCGGUGUUGCAGACACCAUGGAUUUGACCUUCAUCACUGGCCAGGUGCGACGUGCUACCGGUACCAGCGGUAUGGUCACUACUACGCUACAGCUGAGUGCUCAGACCACGGCGGCUAGAGUACGGGCCCAGAUUGAGCACAAGCUGAUCAAGAAGGGACGAGACACCAUGGUGGGGCCAAGAGGCAAAAAGGUCCUUGUUUUUGUGGAUGAUCUGAACCUACCCGCCCCCGAGGUCUAUGGAGCCCAACCCCCACUGGAGCUGCUCAGACAGUUCUUAGAGUUUGGAGGAUUCUAUGACACCAAAAAACUUGCCUGGAAGAAUAUACUGGAUGUAACUCUUUGUGGGGCCUGUGCUCCCAUGGGAGGUGGCAGAAACCCAGUCAGUCCGAGACUUCUCAAACAUUUCUGCAUGAUGGCCUUGCCUCAGCCCUCGGUGCGUUCCCUCCAGCACAUCUACCAAGUCCAGCUAGGUCGCUUCCUGGAGAACCAGAACUUCUUACCGGAGAUACGAGAGCUCCUGACUCCCUUGGUGUCAGCAUCCAUUGCCGUCUACUACAAGAUGUGCGUCAAUAUGUUGCCAACCCCGGCCAAGUCACACUACACCUUUAACCUGAGAGAUCUCUCAAAGGUUAUCCAGGGCCUGUUGCAAGCCGACGAGACGGUCAUCACGUCCACAGACUCGGCCGCGUUGCUCCUGGCCCAUGAAGCCACCCGGGUCUUCCACGACAGACUGGUGGAUGAGCCUGACAGAAAACGAUUCUUUGAAUUCCUAGCCGAUGAUCUCCACAACUACUUCAAGGUGAAGUGGACCCCCGAGAAGCUUCAUGAUGAGCCCAUAUUGUUCGGUGACUUUCUGGACUUGAAUGCCCCCUCUGUUGACAGAGUUUAUCGUCACAUCAGCGAUUACGAUAAGCUGGCCCAGAUACUAGAGGAGUACAUGGUGCGAGUGGACUAUGGCGCAGGCCAGGGUUCCCAACUCAUCUUCUUCAAGGAGGCGCUAGAGCACAUCGUCCGAGCGGCUCGCGUCUUCAACCAGCCCGGGGGUCACAUGGUCCUAGUCGGUCUGGAUGGGACAGGCAAGGCCAGCACUGCCCAGCUGGCUAGCCAUGUCUCUGGCUGUGUGCUGUACCGAUUGACUCUGACCCGGGGCUACGGACAGAGCGACUUCAGGGACGAUUUAAAGAAAGUGUUCCGGAUCGCCGGGGUGCAGGACAGCAACACGGUCUUCUUGCUGACUGACAGUGAUAUUGUCAAGGAAACGUUCUUGGAGGACAUUAACUGCGUGCUGAACUCUGGCGAGGUGCCCGACCUGUUUGACAACGACGACCUGGACUCCAUCACCAUGGACAUGAAAAGAGCCGCCGCCGAGGCCGAGAUACCGGACACCAGGGAAGCCGUCUACCAGUUUUUCAUCCAGCGAGUACGUUCACGACUCCAUGUUGUCUUAGCAACCAGCCCUGCCGGAGACGCCUUCCGUCAGAGAUGUCGGACCCAUCCUUCUCUUGUCAACUGCUGUACCUUGGAUUGGUUUGAUGAGUGGAGCGAGGAGGCCAUGCUGCGCGUGGCCCAUGUCUAUCUGGGACAGGUUGACUUCCAGGGGAUCAGUGGUGAUCAGGAUCCUGUGAACCUGAAGGACAACAUAGCCCACGUCUGCGUGGACAUUCACAAGGACAUCACCCAUCAGACGGUCAAGUAUUAUGAGGAGAUGAGGAGACAUUUCUACAUCACACCCAGCAGCUACUUGAAUCUUAUCCAGCUCUACUCCAACAUGCUGAAAGAACAGAAACAGCGUGUCAUGGAUAGCAAAAAUCGAUUGUUUAUUGGUCUCUCCAAGCUGUCCGAAGCCAACUCCCUGGUAGAUGCCAUGCAGGAAGAGUUAGUCAAUCUAGGACCUAAGAUUGAAGAAAAAGCAAGAGACACAGAAUUACUCCUGGAGCAGUUAUCCAAAGACCAAGAAGCCGUGGAUCAGGUGCGAUUCAUCGUGCAGCAAGAAGAGGCCACCAUGCAAAGAGAAACGCAGAUUGUGCAAGACUACGCCGACCAAGCCCAGCAGGACCUUCAGUCCGUCAUGCCAGCCUUACAAGAUGCCAUCGCUGCCUUGGAUUCCCUGGACAAGUCAGACAUCUCAGAGAUCCGUGUCUACACCAACCCACCAGACCUAGUCAUGCAGGUCAUGGCAGCCGUCUGCGUCUUGCUGCGACACAAGCCAGACUGGAGCACCUCCAAGCAUCUACUGGCGGACGCUGGUUUCCUCAAGAGGCUGGUCAUGUUUGACAAGAACAGCGUGCCGGACAAGGUUUAUGGCCGACUGAAAAAGUACACCUCCAUGCCAGACUUUAUCCCAGAGAAGGUGGGCCAGGUGUCGUCAGCUUGUAAAUCCAUCUGUCAGUGGGUGCUGGCCCUGCAGCAUUAUGGAGAAGUCUGCAAGAUGGUGAAGCCAAAGCAGAAGCGAGUGGAGGAGGCCAAGGAAGCGCUCAGUCUCGCCCAGGAGAGCCUCCAGGAGAAACAGGCCAGCCUCUCCAAGAUUCAAGAACACCUGCAGAUGUUGCAGCAGCAGUACGACGACAGCGUGGCACAGCGGGAAUCGCUGCGAGAACGCAAGGCACUGACCACGCUGAGACUCAAGAGGGCGUCUGUGCUCAUCAUGGCACUGGCUGGCGAAAAGAUCCGCUGGGAAGAUUCCAUGGUAGACCUGGAGUCCAAACUCAUGGGCGUAGUGGGCGACACCCUGGUGUCUGCCGCCAGCAUAGCCUACUUGGCCGUCUUCACUGCACCCUACCGCAAGGCCAUGAUUCAGAAAUGGUGGACGGCUUGCAAAGAGAAAGAGAUCCCCGUCUCAGAGGGUUACACGUUGGUGGGAGCCAUGACUGAGCCAAACACGGUGCGUAAGUGGCACACUGAGGGCCUACCGCAGGAUAGUCACUCGACAGAGAACGCCAUCUUUGUCAAGAUGGGCCAUCGCUGGCCCCUCAUGAUUGAUCCACAGGGACAGGCACACAAGUGGAUUUGUGAGAUGGAAGGCUCAGCCUUAAAGAAAGUUGAAGCUAGCGACCCCAACUACAUGAGGACCCUUGAGACAUCCAUCCGUGUUGGAGAACCAGUGCUGCUGGAGAACGUGACCGAGAUACUGGACCCAGGAUUGAGACCCAUCCUGAUGAAGGAGAUCACACGCAAAGGCGGACAAGAUGUCAUCCGUAUAGGAGACACAGAGAUUGAGUACAACCAGCACUUCAGGUUGUACAUGACAACAACGAUGCCCAACCCACACUACCUACCAGCCGUCUGCAUCAAAGUCAUCCUCAUCAACUUCACUGUUACAUUUGAUGGGCUACAGGACCAGCUGCUCUCAACCGUCGUUCAGCAGGAGCAACCAGUCUUGGAGCAGCAGCGCGGUGAGCUGUUGGAGAGCAUAGCUAGGGAUCUGACCAUGCUGAGAGAUCUAGAAGACAAGUCACUCAGUCUGCUGCAGAAAUCCGAAGGUCAUAUCUUGGAUGAUCAGGACUUGGUGGAUACCCUGGAUAAGAGCAAAAGGAUGUCACAGGAGGUUCAGAAAAGAGUGGAAGAAUCAGAGGAGACACAGCAGAAGAUUGAUUUGGCUCGCAAGAAAUAUCUACCGGUUGCCACCCGAGGGGCCGUGCUGUAUUUUGUCCUUGCCGAUCUUGCCGUCAUCGACGUCAUGUACCAGUUCUCCCUACCCUGGUUCCAAGACAUGUUCCGCACCUGCAUCAACCUAGCUCACAAUGAUCCCUCUGACAGCCGGCCAUCCUCAGGGGGUGGGAGUGGCAAGCCACUGAGUGGGAGGAUCAGACCCUCCAGUGCCAGGAACAGCCCCGACUUAGCCAAGGGUGGCACAGCCGGAAGGGAGUCCCCGCUACCGAUGGCUGUCAAUCGCUCUCUGCUGAAAGGUCAUGAACUGACCAAGCAUCUGAUGAAGAUGGUCGACUAUCUCACUGGAAGUAUCUACAGAGUGGUCUCCAAAGCAUUGUUUGCCCACCACCAGUUGGUCUUCUCCUUCAUGCUGUGCACCAGCAUCAUGCGUUCCAACGCCCACGUCCUCGACUCCGCCCCCGGACCAGACAGCCUGACCCAGAUGGGCUGUAUCUCCUUGAAGGAGUGGCAAGUCUUUCUUCAGGGUGGGGUCCUAGCAGCUAGCAUGGAUCCGGAGAUCCUAGAGAAGCACGAUGGGUUGACUCCCAUGCAGCGUCUGGAAGCCACCAAUCGUGCCUCCAGCGCUCGGGUGACCAGCGCUACCUCCCGGCGUUCCUCCGUGUCCUCCGUGGACAGCCGGCCCAGCCAGACUGGAGGUUACACCUCCGUGCCUCCCAAGUGGAUUCCUGAGAAGGCCUGGCGGCAGUGCCAGUACCUGUCAGCUACCUUGGAGGCCUUCCAGGGCCUCUGUAUGUACAUCUUGAACUGCGUGGACCAGUGGCAGGCUUUCGCCAAGGCGGAGGAUCCUUAUAGGUUGAUGGCUAGCAGGUUUACGUCCCAGGACAAACAGACUGGCCCUGUUCCACCAGACGCUAACCGUUCCUUGGGUAGCCCCUUCAACUGGGAAGUCCUCCAGCCAUUCCAGCGUCUUAUUCUUAUCUCAGUGCUACGUCCUGACGCCUUGGUGUCAGCAAUCCGCUCUUUUGUGGAUGAUCUGAUGGGGAAUAAAUUCCUGUCAGCUGGUGGGUUUGACAUGAAGGAAGUGUUUGAUGAGUCCAGCGCUAAGCACCCUCUCAUAUUCAUCUUGUCACCGGGUGUGGACCCGACGUCGGAGCUGAUGCGAUUUGCCCGUGAGCAGCGUGGCAGUACCCUACAUGUAGACAUGAUCUCCUUGGGACGUGGCCAAGGUCCCAAGGCAGAGGAACUGAUUGCCAAGGCUCAGAUACUGAAGGGGCGAUGGGUGUUCCUGCAAAACUGCCACCUGGCGGCAUCGUUCAUGCCUAGGUUACAGGCCAUCGUUGAAGGUUUCAGUAAGCCCAAUGCUGACAUCGAUCCCCAGUUUCGGCUGUGGCUAAGCUCCAAGCCAGACCCGUGUUUCCCCGUUAGCAUCCUGCAGACUGGAAUGAAGAUGACGGUGGAAUCCCCCCAGGGUCUCAAGGCCAACCUCCUGCGUUCCUUGGCCAGCACUGUCUCAGAAGACAUGUGGGACAACCCCUCCCCGGGCCCUGCCUGGAGAGACCUGCUCUUUGGUCUCUGCUUCUUCAAUGCUGUCAUCAAUGAGAGGAGAAAGUAUGGAGCCUUGGGCUGGAACAUCACCUACGAGUUCAGCGCUUCUGACCUGGAGGUAUCCAUCCAAGUCCUGCAGCUCCUCCUGACCACCCACCAGGAUCCCCCCUGGGAAGCCCUCCGCUAUCUGACCGGUGAGGUGGCUUACGGAGGCCGAGUCACCGAUUCCUGGGAUAGACGCUGUCUCAUCAGCAUCUUGAAUUCCUUCUACUGCUCCGAGGCGCUCCAGCCAACUUACAGCUACUCUCCCGACAAGGUAUACCAUCCCCUGCCGAGCCGUUUCUCCUUAGCGGAGAGUCGUCAAUAUAUUGAGGGCCUACCGGACACUGAUUCUCCGGAGGUGUUUGGGAUGCACGCCAACGCCGAGAAGGCUUACAGAGAGAGCCAAGCUAAGAGACUAAUGGAUACGGUGCUCAGUGUACAGCCGAGACUGACAGCUCAGAUGAUUGGAACUGGAAAGAGUGACGACGAGAUCGUCUUGGAGCUUGCGGUUGACAUCCAGCACCAGCUCUCAGUCAGCAUCCAGGGGGAGGAGGAGAAAGACAUGGAGAGCAAGAAGGAGGCAGGGAGACGGGGGAGGUCCAACACCCAAGGCAUGUUCCCUGGACUGGGCUACGGGGGUACUGGCACAGGCUUUGGCACUGGUGCCAAGAAAGCGGCCGAAGCUAAAGCUGUUGUCCAAGAGGAUCCUUUCAGUCAGGAGCCAGAGGCCCCCUCAGCCCUGCUGACUGUCCUGAGACAGGAGCUGGAUCGCUUCAACAGACUUCUGUCUGUCAUCCACGGCAGCCUGGCGGCCCUGUGCUUGGCCAUCAAGGGUGAAGUUGUCAUGUCGGAGAUACUGGAGGAGAUGUAUAAGGCGUUACUGCAUCACAGGGUGCCCAAGACGUGGCAGCAAGCCGCCUAUGAGUCCUGCAAGCCCCUGGGUUCCUGGGUAGCCGACCUCCAGCGCCGGGUAGACUUCUUCGCCAAAUGGUCCGACCUGGUGUCGGAGGCCAAGGAACGCAAGGCCAAAGGUCAGAGCCAGCCCUCGGUGGAGCCGGCCGACAUUGACGCCCUACGGGAACAGCCUCGCAGCUUCUGGCUGCCGGGAUUUUUCUUUCCUCAAGGUUUCCUGACCGCCGUUCUUCAGAAUCACGCUCGCAGGGAAGGCGUGUCUGUCGAUUCAUUGACCUUUGACUUCAAGGUCAUGGCCGGGGUCGAUGACACGGAGGAGACACUCAGUAAUGUGGAGGAGCACAUCAAUGUCAGAGAAAAUGCCUUCAAGGGUGCCAGCCCACCGGCAGAUGGGGUACUGGUUUUCGGUCUGUUCCUUGACGGAGCACGCUUUGAUCUUGCUACCUACAUGCUCCAGGACUCCAGACCAGAGGAGCGAUUCUGCCGUUUACCCGAGGUCCACUUCAUCCCAGUACAGGCGUCUUUAGAAGGUGUCGCCCCACCCUCUGUCUCCUCAGCUGCACCCACCCCUAGCCCCGCCCAGGAAGAGGGAGGCAGUACCCCCUGGACCGGCACAUUGUACGAAUGCCCUCUGUAUCGGACCUCCCAGCGCGCUGGUACCCUGUCCUCCACUGGUCACUCUACCAACUUUGUCACUGCCAUCCAUCUGCCCACGUCGCAGCCGGCCGAUCUCUGGAUCACCCGAGGGGUGGCGUUGUUGUGCCAGCUGGAUGAUUGAAGAUAGCGCUGCUGUUCAGAUUAACCCAUCAGCACCUGUACUACAUUGUAUUACAUUGUAUUACAUUGUAUUACAUUGUAUUACAUUGUAUUACAUUGUAUUACAUUGUAUUACAUUGUAUUACAUUGUAUUA